AUGACCACUGGAUUCUGCCUUGAAGCUGGUGUGUUUGCGCUGCUGUUCCUGGCAAGUUGGUUGUGGAGUAUUAUGGGUGUUACUUCUAAGCAGAGUCCAGACUCCAAUUUGAAUGUGACUACACGCAGUAAAAUAACCAACGCACGACUCAUUCAGAUGGCAUUUGCAAGCCAAGCUUCAGUACCACCCCAAUCUAUAAGAGUGCAAGCCGUUGUGUUGUCAAACAGAGCAAUUCCUCACACUGCUGCAAUAGAGUAUUGUGUCCGAUACCCAGUGCACAUAGCUGUCAGUCUCUGGCAGCAAGGUAACACGCUGGUGCAAAUUGUGCAUAUAAGCACACACAUCUUUGAGCUCAGGGGAUAUGACAUCCCAUCCUUCUGUGUCAAUGCAUUGGAGUACUGCGAGAAAGCGAUUCUGGAGGGUAUUAUGCUCAGGAACUCCUGCUUUGUAGCCAAGCUCAAUGUAUAA